AUGAUGCUCAAAGGCAAGGCACACUGGGAAGCCGAGUCACUAUCGCGGGAACAGCGCGUGCGGCUGCUGAAUGGGUAUUACGCGCUCACGAAGAUGUGGGAGGUUCUGCCCUCUCAGCCGCCGAUACUGGCGCACAGCGGCCGUUGCCCGGGCAAUCAGCGGUGCACCAAGGCGUUCGGGCAGCUGUGGAAGUACGUGGUGGACAUGGCAGGCAUGCACCCCGGCUUGCAGAAGGAGGACGUGCUGAAUAAGUUCAACAUGAUGGAGGGCUACGUGAAGGCGUUGGUCGCAGAGCGCGAGGGGCAAGCGCCGGGCGAGCAGGACGGUAUUCCCAACUGCCGAGAGAGUGCGGUGCUGGUUACGGCACACAAGCCUUCCGCACCCAGCAGCACGCGCUCGGCUGCCGAUUCACAGACACCGAAUGACUCGCCGUCAGACGAGAAUGCGCCACGGUCACAGUUCGUGCUCGCGAUGCACGACUUCGAGCCGCAAGCGCAGAACGUGGCAUGCCUGCCGUUCAACGCGGGUCAGAUCAUCACGGUGCUGAACCGAGAUCCGAGCGGGUGGUGGGACGGCGAGCUGGACGGGCGGCGCGGGUGGUUCCCGAGCAACUACGUGACAGCUGAUGCGGGCAUGUUGACGGAGGAGGACCUACCUCGGCUCACGCGCGCGUGCCGCGGACACGCACAUUCGAUGUCGUCCGCAUCCGCCGCCUCAUGGGCGACGCCUGCCGGCUCGCCUACGACGCGGUCUCGCUCGUUUUCUCGAACCGAUCACCGACCAUUACCCGCGGACAGCGACGGCACGGCCGUGGAUCCAUACUGCCCACCUCUGAUGAUCCCCCUCCUUCAUGGCCUUUCGCUUCUGCAAAAUGCCGCCAAGCUGAACCGAAUAACGCAUUUCCAACCCUCGACUGCGUACAUCAUUUCGUGUGUGCGUGCUAUUCUGGCCGACGUCGGAUGUCUACAGCGCGAGGCACCGAACCUCAAGCGACACGGCAUUCUUGGCCAGGAACGCAAGCGCAUAUUGUCGGACCUCGCGUCGCUCGUGUCACAGGCGAAGAAAGCGUCAGCGCCCGAGAUCAUUGAGGACGAUGAGCUUCGGGAGGUAGAGGUGGAGACCAUGGUGCGACUGGGAGGACAACUAUUCGCCCAUGUCAGAGGUUUCCUGGCGCUCAUCGUGCAGUGCGGAAUCAACAUACCUAUACAAGGCGGGCAACCGCCGGGAACGACGGUCGGCAAACUGCAUGGACGUUGGGGGAGCUCUGAUGGGACGGCCGUUCAGUCGGAUGAUAGCAGCGGCGUGAGCGAGUUCGGCCAACGGUGGGGACCAUCCGAGAAGAUGGCGAAAAUGACGAAUGGCGUAGAGCGGCGGUCGUCUACACGAAAAGGGGACACGCAUUCGGUCCUUAGCACCCCCUUACGCGCGAGGAGCAUGGGUGAUCUGAAGACGCCAAAGCAGGCGAUCAGUGAGGUAGACAUUGCCAAGAUGCCUCUGGUAGCGCACCAUAAGUCCCUCGCGGUGAAAGGUGCCGGCUAUAGCACGUUCAGCCCGCGGACACGGAAACUGGUGGAUGGUACGAUCGCGAGGCACAAGGCUAGCCAUCAGUCUGUUAGUAGCCAAUCGUCCUCGUCAUCCUUUUCGUCUGCCAAUUCUAUCACGACGCCUGCUACACCAGCAUUUCCUUCCGGACCGUCGACAGCUACGGAGGUCGUGGAGGCCCUACGAUACACGCACGACAAUUACCUGUCGACCAUUGCCGCUUUUAUCGGACAUGCACACUCGCAUUCGCGCACGUCACAUGCGUCCAGUACGGGACAUAUGUAUGACCUCGUGCGGGAAGUCGUGGACAUGGUCUGCAGGCUGCUCACGAUCGUGGAGGCAGUGCUGAAGCACCCUGAGAUCCCCGCACCACGCACCGAACGCCUCAAGGCAGCCAAAGAGGGUUUGUACAAUGCGACAAGCAAGUUGGCAGACUCGGUUCGCCUGCUCACAAUGCCGCCAUCACCAGACGUCUCCGAGGAAGAAGAGAAGAUCACUCUUCUGCGGUGCGCGACGAAUGCCCUCAAAGCAGGAUCUGACUGCGUGAGCGCGGUGAAGAAGUGUCUGCAGCGGCCCACAGGCGAGCGUCCGUUCGUCAUCCAGCUCCCAUCCCCGGGCGAGAUUGGGCUACCGACGUCACCUGGAAAGUUUUCAAACCAUGUCAAUACUCACGUCCGCGCUGCAAGCAAAUCCUCCAGCAUGCACGCGUUGCGGGAUCUCUAUGCUUCGCAAGGUAUGGAUGCUGAGGAAGAGGACCUUACUAUCCAAGCACAAACAGACUCUUCGGUCGACGUUACUGUGCGUGUGGACAGAUCAUCUGGAGAGCUUAAACCUAGUGCACAAGCCAUCUUGCCAAAUCCAUGGCAGCCACCGGAGACGCCAACCGAGAGCAUCGCGGAGAGUACACUGUCAAGUGCUUCGUUUGAAAGCAAAGCAUUACCGCCGCUCCGCAUCAUCAACGAAGGGAUUCCGUCAGACCUCCCCUCUCCUGUAUCGCUCGCCCCGACAGACGACGACAGGACGACAUGGGAGGGUAGCAGCCAGAAGCGCGCGCACUCACCGAUGUCAUUUGAGGAGAAGCUGGUUAACGGUGACCUCCCCCCU